AUGGCUUACCCAACCGUGCAAGCCUUCGUCCAUUAUGGCUCGUGGGACGACGAGACGCGCUCUCACCCAGCCAUGAAAUGGAUGGAGGACUACACCAAAUCCGUCGUCGAUUCGAAAGCCUGGCAAACCGAUACCUCGCCCUUGGAGCACCACACCCCAGACUUCCACCUCCAACGCUCCAACGGCACAAUAACCCAAGGUGCCGAAGCCGCCUGGUCCGCCCUAGCCGAAAUCUACGGCCCCUUCGCCGCCCACAAGCACGACCCCGAGUUCCUCCUCACCUUCGAUGUCGAGGACGGAUGGCGCAUGAUCGGCGUCGCGAACGUUUUCUUUAAAUUCGCAGGUAGUGAUGGUGGGGCAAUCACGGACCCGCAAGGCGAGAAGUGGGAUGGUGUUUCACCUGCGGCGUUUUCGUUUCGUUAUGUGAAGGAGGGGGAGGGGAUUAAGUUGAAGGAGACGAAGAUUUUUAGUGAUCCGAGUCCAGCGUUGAAGUUGAUGUUGCAGGAUGGGGCGUUGGAUGGAGAGCACUUGGUUGGGAUGCUUAAGGGUGCUUGA